CCAAUGGGAUGAAGAGGAGGGCGGUUAGCAGUGACUCUGGGGUUGAGUUCGGUGUUGGUUGGUUGAGUUCCUGCAAUGUCCGCGAUCAAAGCUUUAAACCCGAAAGCCGAGGUGGCCAGGGCCCAGGCCGCACUCGCUGUGAAUAUUAGUGCGGCUCGGGGUUUGCAGGAUGUGCUGAGGACCAACCUGGGACCGAAAGGAACCAUGAAGAUGCUCGUUUCUGGUGCUGGAGAUAUCAAGCUUACUAAAGAUGGUAAUGUUUUGCUGCAUGAAAUGCAAAUACAACACCCAACAGCCUCUUUAAUUGCUAAAGUGGCUACAGCUCAGGAUGAUAUGACUGGUGAUGGCACCACUUCCAAUGUGCUCAUUAUUGGCGAGCUGCUGAAACAAGCAGAUCUCUACAUUUCAGAGGGCUUGCAUCCCAGGAUUGUGACCGAAGGGUUUGAAGCAGCUAAAGAAAAGGCCCUUGAGAUUUUGGAGCAGGUGAAAGUAACCAAAGAGAUGGAUAGAGAGACACUUCUCAAUGUUGCCAGGACAUCAUUGCGCACAAAGGUGCACAGAGAAUUGGCAGAUGUCUUAACAGAGGCUGUAGUUGAUGCUGUGCUGGCAGUGAAGAAACCAAAUGAACCCAUUGAUCUCUUCAUGGUUGAGAUUAUGGAGAUGAAGCACAAAACUGAGAGUGACACAAACCUGGUGAGAGGACUGGUCUUGGAUCAUGGUGCUCGUCACCCAGAUAUGAAGAAAAGAGUAGAAGAUGCUUACAUUCUUACCUGCAAUGUUUCACUGGAGUAUGAAAAGACAGAAGUAAACUCAGGAUUCUUCUACAAAAGUGCUGAUGAAAGGGAAAAGUUUGUACAAGCUGAGAGAAAGUUCAUUGAAGACAGAGUUAACAAAAUUAUAGCACUGAAGAGAAAAGUUUGUGGUGAAUCUAAUAAAGGAUUUGUAGUUAUUAACCAAAAGGGUGUUGAUCCAUUAUCAUUGGAUGCAUUUGCAAAAGAAGGCAUUGUGGCAUUGAGAAGAGCAAAACGAAGAAACAUGGAGAGACUGACACUUGCUUGUGGAGGCAUUGCCAUGAAUUCUGUGGAGGAUCUCACCCCAGAGUGCUUGGGACACGCUGGACUUGUGUAUGAGCACACAUUGGGUGAAGAGAAGUUCACCUUUGUUGAGCGAUGUGAUAAUCCUCGGUCGGUAACACUGCUUCUCAAGGGACCAAACAAGCACACUUUAACACAAAUCAAAGAUGCAGUGCGUGAUGGUCUGCGUGCUGUUAAGAAUGCAAUUGAGGAUGGUUGUGUAGUGGCAGGUGCAGGUGCAUUUGAAGUUGCUGUAGCAGAUGGUUUGAUCAAACACAAGGCCAGCAUAAAGGGCAGAGCACAGUUGGGAGUGCAAGCAUUUGCAGAUGCUCUGUUGGUUAUUCCCAAGGUACUUGCACAAAACUCUGGAUAUGAUCCUCAAGAGACUCUUGUAAAAAUUCAGACAGAAUAUUCUGCAUCAGGUCAACUUGUUGGUGUAAAUUUAAACACUGGUGAACCAAUGCUAGCAGGGGAAGCUGGGGUUUGGGAUAACUAUAACGUCAAGAAACAACUGCUUCAUUCGAGUACUGUAAUUGCUAGCAAUAUUCUCCUGGUUGAUGAAAUCAUGCGAGCUGGAAUGUCUUCUCUGAAAGGUUGAAUGAAGAUGGAAUUCCCUUAUAGUUGAACAAAUCUUGUUCCUUUUGAGUCUAGUAUAUCACUAUAAUGUGGCCAACUGAAUAAAACUGCUUCAGAAAUAAAAGUGUAACUAGUGUUGAGAGUUCCAUUCUGUGGCUGUAAGCAUAUGCAAAGAUAAUGUGCAUUUUCACCAAGGCUCUUAUGCCAUUAGCAGUAACACAUACAUUAUAAGCACUCAUGUUUCAUGGUUAUUUAUGGUGAAUCAUUUUUGUAUUCUUAUGUUCAACUAAACAGUUUGGUUUCCCAAUCUUUGUAUUCAAGUGUUCAGUAAAGUUUGCAAAUGAAA